AUGGGCGACGAGAGGACGGCUCUGGGGAUGGCAACGCGAAGGGGCCACGCCGAGGUGGCCGCCUGGCUGACCACCAGCGAGCAGUGGGCGACGCCGCUCCACCAUCUGUCCGUCAUCGACGCGGCCCGGGCCCGCGCCGAGCUUCGCGGCGGCGCGAGCCUCGACGCCGCCGUCCUGGGCGGACCGACGCCGCUCUCCCUCGCGCGGGAGAUGAUGCUGCUCGCGGCCACAGGCUCCGCGGCCGCCGACCUCGUCCUUCAAGCCGCCCGGCCGUGGAGCCCAGACACGCACGCCCUCUUCCCGGCGGCGGCGAGGGCGCUGGCCGCGGCGCUGCUGAUCACGGGGCACCUCCUGUCGCGGGGGCAGCUCGUGGCGGAGGGGCCGGGAGGGCCUGGCGCGCUGCUGGACGUGUGGGUCGGGUGGGUGAUGCCGCAUGCCGUGCGCAGGGACGAGGCGUAG